AGUCAUAGUUUAGCUACUUCUCUCUCCAAUAAUUGAUCAAAUCCUAGAUUUUCUCAGCAACCAAACAUCAAAAUUUUUAUCUCUAUCUCGAUCCUCUCGAUAAAUGGGACGAAUUGUCUCUCCUAAUUCUCAGUCGAUAUUUCCUUGUUGGGAGUCCAUGUUAGUGAGUUCUUCUUCUUCAUCUUCUUUGUCUUGGUCAACUCCGACGACAUCGACGUCGAUUACAAAGACGGUGAAUGGAUCCCACAGGUUCAGCAUCUCAGGGUACUCACUCGUGAAAGGUAUGGGGAUUGGAAAGUACGUGGAGUCCGAUUCUUUCACCUUCGGCGGGUACUCUUGGGCGAUCUAUUUUUACCCGGACGGCAAGAAUGUGGACAAUGAUACGUAUGUUUCGCUGUUUAUAGUUUUGGCGAGCAAAGACACUUCUGUGAGAGCGCUUUUUGAAUUGAUGCUAUUGGAUCAGAGUGGGAAAAAUAGGCAUAAGGUUCACACCCCAUUCGGGAGGACGCCGGAAAGUGGGCCUUACACGAUCAAAAAUCGCGGUAGCAUGUGGGGUUACAAGCGAUUUAUCAAAAGAACUGAUCUAGAGACAUCUGACUACCUCAAAAAUGAUUGCCUCAAGGUUCACUGUAGGGUAGGUGUUGUGAGAUCAUACAAAAUUAACAUUGGUCAGAAUUUGGGGCAGCAAUUUGAAACUGGAAAGGGAAUAGAUGUGAAUUUUGAAGUUGAUGGGGAAAAUUUUGCUGCUCAUUCUGUAGAGCAUAGUUCUGAUUAUGAAGGUUCAUCGCUUGAAAGGACUGCUUCUCAACCCUCUAGUCAUGUUGAAGACCCCAGUGGUUCUUUCCUGGAGAGGUACCUCAGUUUCCUCCAUGGUCUUGCCAAGUGAAGAAUCAAGAUGGAUCUAUCAGUUGUAUGCAACUUGAAAGGCCAAAACAAGCUCCAAAUGUUCUAUGGACAGGCCCAAUUGGGGUUCAUCUUGUUGAUGAGAGCAUGUUGAUGAUUGAAUCUCUUAAACAAGCCGUUUAUACCCAAUCGGACCAAAAGGUCUCUUCGAGGGCCCAGUUGGCAAGCUCACCGUCUCUUGUCCAAACUUUGGAGAAAUGGUUUGAAAGGCUUAGAGUUGGAGCUUGUCCAAGUCGAUCACAGCGGGAUGAUGAAGGAGGUUCUGGGAGUCGUGGUACAAGAAGGCCGUCUCGUCGGAGAACCUAAGGUCCUUCUGAAGAAGAUGAAAACAAUCAGCCCCGCCGAUUCCUUGCAAAACACGGAAACUUGCUUUGUGUUGUUUUCUUGUUUUAUUGUUUAUUUAUUUUUUUGUUUACUUGUUUUUUUUUUAUUUUUGGGUCCGUGAUCUAGGGGUGUUUAAAAAGCUUCUCUAACCACACGACUAUACUUGAACCAACCAAAACUGACUACCAAAUGUGGUUGCCGCAAUGCCAACAGCGGUGGAGGUGUAAAAACUGCAUAUGCACCUGCAGGUGCAAGUGUGAUGCGGUUUUCAGUUUUGUUUUCUGAAAAUUGCUAAUAUAUGGAUUGUAGCUCUA